UCUUCAGUCGUUCAUCGACACCACAACAGACGAGCUGAUUUAUCCUGAGCUCCGACAUCGAUCUUCAUCCGCACUAAUGCAGCGUUUCGCUUUUCGCAGCGGUCUUCCAUCUACCGUCAACUGGCGCCCCCUGCUGUGUGUAGCCGGGGCUGCCGCCGCCGCGGCGACCAUUUAUUAUUUUUCCAGACGGAGGAAUCGGCAGAGGAGCAGAGAGGAGGCAGAAGAGCUGACCGUCAUCGAAGCACCUGUGGCUGUAUGCUCUCAACAUGAGCCUAUUGCACCUCCUCAAAGUCCUCUGAGGCCACCUUCCCCACCUCAGUCACCACUGAGGACUCCUUCAAACCCAGGAUUUUCCUGUCCAACUGCUCCUGAGGCAGCUGGAGAUGAUGCAGCACCCCAGAGCCAUCCAUCGGCACCCUCUUCACUGGUGCCACUGGCUGAGCCUCAGCCUGACCCAGGGUCUCCUAGUGAGAGAGCUGCUGAGGUAGCUGGAGAUGAUCCAGCACCCCAGAGCCAUCCAUCGGCACCCUCUCCACCGGUGCCACUGGCCGAGCCUCAGCCUGACCCAAGGUCCCCUAGUGAGAGUGCUGCUGAGGCAGCUGGAGAUGAUGCAUCUUCCCUGAGCGAGGAAUGGUUACCUCCACACGUUACACCUGUGGCACCCUCUCCACCUCAGCCUCAAGGAGACCCAGCAUCCACAGAGCAGAGUGCUCCUGAGGCAUCUGGAGAUUCGGCAUCUCCUCAGAGCCGACAAAUUUCUUGUCCCCAGGCUCCGCCGCUGCCACCCUCGCCACCUCAUUCAGCACCCGAGCUGCCUUCUUCCACCCAGAGUGCUCCUGAGGCAGCUGCAGAUCUCACUGUGCCUCCUGAGGCGUAUCAAGUGCCCGCUUUGUAUACCUACUUUGCCAUGAAGAGUCCCAACUUUCCUCUCAGGCUCGCAGCAUUGCGCCAGGCUUUCACUCUUGUUCUGAGCAACAGCCACCAUGCAAAAUACAUCAGCAUAGCAGGCCGAGUCCUUCUUGGUGGACUGGCUGCUCGAAAUGCCAGGGAGCUUCCAGCCUUCCAGGAGGCAUAUGCUCGCCUGGUGGCCUUUGCUCAGGAUGCCUCACAUCGUGAAGCUAUUUGCACUGAGCUGGCGCAAGUUGGGAUUCAGCACUUCAACCUCUUAGACAUUGUCUUUGAGCUGGUUCUUAUGGGAGUGCUGCAGGGAGCGAGGCCUCCGAUCUAUCCAACACCAGGAGGUUUCCUUGGGCACUUGGUGGACAUGAUUUGUUCUUUCAGUCCUGUCAGCACGCAGAGGAGACCCAGGGCUGACAAGUACUUGUUCCUGCUCCUGGAUGAGGCAAUGCUCCUGCUGGAGGAGAUCUUAGGCAGAGAGGAGCAUGUUUAUAUGGACCCUGGAUCCCUGGCCCUCACUCUGUGGGACUGCCUGGAGAAACAUGUCCAGCAGCUGUUGGCGAGACUACAGGGCGUUUAACAUCUCUGCCUUUCUUAAAACACAACAUAUAUAGUUUAAUUGUUUCAUUUUUAUUAAUCACACCAGUAUAAUAUUUGUAAUUUUAAGUAUGCUAUUAAGUGCACUGUAUACUGUGUUGCCAGCUGUUCGGUUUAUCUACCUUGGACCUACAUUUGUGACCAUUUUAUGACCCAUUUGUUUUGUGAAACAGCUUCCCUUCGUAGGUUUACAAUUGCUGAGUGUAGCUCCUCUGUUGCUGUGGUACAAGUGUAUUAGACACAGCAACAUUAAAUCAGCUAAUUAUUAAACCCUUCAUGAAACAGCUCCCUCUCUAAUUAGCUUAGACCAACCUUUGCUGUUGGUCUAAGCUAGUAGUUGGAACAAAAAUGUGAGAGAAUUUUACAAUUUGAGCCUAAAUUUUCCACCUCUGAUUGGGGAGAGUAAGUACUUGACACUCUGUGGGGCAGUGGGUCUCCAGGACUGGAGAUGAGAACCACUAUUCUGUGUUAGACCGCAGCACUGGUGGUCCACAACACUGCAAGGUUUAGCAUCCAAUUUUCAACUAUACAGCUAAUUAGCAAAUGUAUCUUACCAUUUUAGAACAGUGUUUUCUAUCCCCAGUCCUCCAGUGCCACCAGUUUGUGUUUUGUCUGAUUUAACAUAACUGAUUCAGCUAAGAAGGAGAUGCUCAUUAGUUAAUGAUAUGACUUGGUUCUGUUUGAUCAUGGAAAACAUAAAAUGGUGGGGAGUGAUGACAGGAGAAGAGGGACUUUAAUCUCUGCAGAGCUGUGACUCUCCAGGACCUGAGUUCGACACCCCUCCUACUCUAGCCCCUCAUGGGAAGUCUGUCUCUGUUUCAGAACUAGCAUUGCCUCUUUGGUUGGCAGACCAGACUCAAUCCAGUAACAGCACUGAGGUGUUUAAAAACUCACAGCAACGCCGCUGUGCCUGAUUAAACACAUACCAGCAUUACACAUAAGUGUCACUGCUGUGCUGUCACUGCUGUGCUAUAUUUGGUCGGAGGUGGUCUUUUGGCCAGAUAUUAUUUGAAUGUAGACCAUUCUCAGCACAGCACAGUAGGGGGGUGAUGUUUCACCAGCAGAUGGGCUACAGUCUGUAAUUCUGUACCUACAUUCAAAUGCACAUACAUGUAUCAAGUACUGGUAACUCGUUGUACAGGGCGCUUAAUUGUAGUCAGUGUUUUAUUAUUGUUGUAGUUUUGUUAAGAAUUGCUUAUUAAAGGUGCACUCUGGCCAAAAUUAAAACUUUAACCAUUGCUAUAUCUGUAUAUCUGUUGUAAACUUGACUACUUGCAUCUCUUCAGCUGCGCCGCAGUAGUUCUUAGUGAGAUUGUCUAGGAUACAGACUAGGUAAACUCCCUUCAGAUUAGUAUCUUGAAGGUGGGAUGAACAUUUGAACAAAUACGUUCUCUUUGGGGUGAAUACAUGAGAGCAGUUUUGAAAUGUUUUUGGCCUCUAGCUGGCUAAUGCACAAGAAAGUUAGAUUGCUGACGUUACAGUUACAUCAGUGCAUUUGUUUAUCAUUGUGAGGGUGGGGUGGAGGGGUCUCAUUGUAUGACAUAUUUGUGCAAUGCAUACAUAGUAAAUGGUAGUUUUAGGCCAGAAUGCCCCUUUGAGGCAACAUAAGGUAAGAAUAUAAAAUGAUUAAUUUUAGUUAUGUUAUGUUAUAUAUAGUUAUAUAUGUUACAGACAACUUCAUAGUAGAUUUUAAGGGUAUUUCUUAUCAUCUCUCUUUGCCUAUCUUCCUUUAUCUCUCUCUCUCUCUCUCUCUCUCUCUCAUG